AGCAACGUAGUGAAUCGGAAUCUAGUUUAAACUAGUCUAGACUAUAGUAUACUUCUAAUUUUCAUCAUAUUUUUAGGAAAACAUAGCAAAAUGAACAUUGAAACUGAUACGACCAAAUCAAACAAAGCUCGUCCACAAUCACGUGUUAUAAUUGCGCUUAUCCCAGCCAAAAUAUGUUAUUUUGCAAUCAAUGGAAGCCUUGCAUGUUUUUUGCCGUACUUGACUGUUUUCCUUUACUCUGUUGGUUUAUCCAUCACACAAUGUGGGAUCAUUCUUGGCACAAGAACUGUUUUCUCACUGUUGAUAAUUCCUUGUCUUGGUGUUAUAGCCGAUCGUUUUCGUCGAAAGAAACUGAUUCUACUGACAUUAAUCACUCUUACGGCAGCUGUAGCAGUACCUUUACCAUGGGUUGCAAAGGCAGCAAAUGCCAACCUAAAGGUGGAGAACAGUGGAGGAGAAAAGCUAUUUUUUGCCAUGUUUUUUAUGUUAUCCCUAUCAGCUAUAUUUGGUAUAGCGGCCGUUGGAUUUAUUGAUUCAGCAACCAUGCAUUUGGUGAAGAAGUAUGAGGGUGAAGCGACUUUCGGAUAUCAACGAGUAUUUGGUGCUGCUGGUUUUGUCACUUUAUCCUUUCUUGCGGGUUUUUUGUCAGAUCGAUUCCAAAUAAAGGGAGUAUCUAAGUACGCAGUUGCCUUUCUUUUAGAUUUUCCAAUUCUUUUUACUGCAUUUGUUGCUGUUAUAUUUCUGGACCAAUCUGUUCAUGAAAUUGGAAAAAAUGAAACUAAAUACACACCAACGCAAAUUUUAAAAGUAAGAAAAGAAAGAAGAAAGAUAAAAGUUGACGAAAAUAAGAUUUAUUUAACAUUUGAAGACAACAAGGAAAAAGAGAACUGUCCAAUUGUUCCCAAAGAGCACAAAACAUCUGUUAUUAAAACUGUAUUGACCACAUGUUGGCAAUUUAAAGUAAUUUUCUUUUUUAUCAUUACAGCUCAUAUGGGUAUCAAUUUUUCUUUGAUAAAUGGAUUUCAAGCUAUUUUUAUGGAGAAAGAAAUUGGGACAACAAAAACCGUUAUUGGUAUUGCAACUGCAUUGUCACCAGUAUCUGAGAUUCUAGCUUUUCCUGUAUCAGCAAAAUUAAUAAAAUUAUUCGGAGGUACCUAUCCAAGUAUCAUUAUUGCCACAUUUUCUUAUUGCUUGCGAUUUUUAUUUAUGUCUUUUGUUGUGGAGCAAUAUUUGAUGCUACCAAUUCAAUUUCUUCAGUUUUUUGGUUUUGCAAUAUUUUGGGCAGCAGCUGUUGAACAUACCAACCAUAUAAGUCCAAUGAAAAUCUCAGUUACAAUGUUUAGUAUAAUCACCAGUUUGUAUUAUAGUUUAGGAAAUAUUAUAGCAAGUAUUGUUGGUGGAAUUAUUUAUGAUAAGUACGGUGGUAGAUGGUUAUUUAGAAUUUCAUCGAUCAAUUGCGCUUUUAUGACCUGCUCAAUUAUCUUGUAUUUCUUUCUGUAUGAAAGAAAAAAUACAAAUAAAUUAAAGGCUGAAGACAUAAAGGGAAUCUUAAACAAGGCAGCAGUCGUUAAUGAAGAACCAGAACAGAAAAUGGCUACUGAAGUCUAACUACAUUGUAACAAUCUUUUCAGUAAUAAAUGCGACAGGAUAAAAAAGUAAUAACUUAGACAGUAAUGGGUUGGGAAAGUAGCUCAGGUACGGCUAAGUGGGUUGAGGUGAAGUAAUUAUAGCGUUACGUGAUUUUUGAAUGACUCAUAUAUAUAUAUGAAUAUUCUGAACUUUCCAUAAAUUUUGAAAAUAUGUAUAAAAUUAUUAUUCGCAUAAUCUCUUGAUAUGAAGGUGCUUUAUUAGUGUUGCAUUUUAAAAAAUUAAAUUUUAAUAUUUUUUAGUAUUUUCUUGGUAAAAAUAUCUUCGGUUUUCUUUGUAAUCUCUAAUCGUCGUUAUAUAUCUGUGCGUGUGUGAAUCUGUGUCAGGCAAAGUGGAUCUUAUUAUGUUUCAUCUAAGAAACGAUAAAUUAGUUAUUUUUGACGUAAGUAAACUAGUUUGACGUUAAUAACUUAAUUAUUAUGACUGUAGGCAUUUUAUUGCACUUAUAUGUUUGGGCCCUGGAAACAGAUGGAAAUAACUGACGUCACCUUCUGCGUGAUUAACUAAGACCUAAUGGUCUAAUGUCAAAAAGUA